AUGGCAGACGGCACUCCAGUGCCUGUCAUCUCGACGCUUGAGGAUGCCAGUGCCUUGCUGGACAAACUUCGCACACUCACUUCCAACAUCAGCGAAGCAGCAGCGAGCCCAACGCUAAAGACCGAGCAAGACUACAUCGCUGGAGUGGUGCCGCAGCUCGAUGAGGCUACUGGCACGUACCAAGGUCUUGCCACUUUCCUACGCGAACACAAGCGCGGGAAAGCUGAAACCAGCGGCUUCCGUGACGUACAACGAGCUUUCGUCAAAGUGAUGCAGGAUUUGCAGAGUGCUCAACGCCAAGCUGCUGCACGUCGUGAAGCGCUGUGUGACGCUGACUUCCUGGCGGGCAACGGGUCUGUAGCCAUCUCGGCGCAGGAGAUCCAGACUGCAAAGGAAGAAGUGCUCGAAGCUGGCGAGAUCGCACAAGAAGCAGCAGCCGUCAACGCACUAUUCCGCCAAGUUGGAACUCUAGUCAGUGAACAAGGUCACGGCGUGGACCAGAUUGUCACCAAAGUGGAAGCAGUUCGAGUCGAAAUCGGCAAGGGCGUCGACGAGUUGCAGCACGCGCGUCAACUACAGCGCGAAGCCCGGCAAAAGUACCUCUGGUAUCUCUGUCUAUUCGUACUGAUCCUCGCUGCAAUCAUCAUCCCUCUCGUGUUCGCACUCAAGUAA